GGAGCACAGCAUCGAGAGAGAGAGAGAGAGAGAGGCAUCGAGAGAGGAGUUGGACAGGAGAGUACGAGAAGAGGCUGAAACUUCACUGCAGACGCUCGUGCACAGACCUCUCCAUGCCCGAGCCCGGAGCUGCUCCGCGGCGGAGCCCGCAGGGAGUCCCCUACACCGAGCUGAAGCACAUCGUCAACGCCGACGGACUGCACCUGUUCUGCCGCUACUGGGAGCCCGACAGCCCGCCAAGGGCUCUGGUGUUUAUCGCCCACGGAGCCGGGGAGCAUUGUGGGCCGUAUGAUGAGAUUGCACAGAGAUUAAAGGAGCUGUCACUGCUGGUAUUUGCACACGACCAUGUCGGCCACGGUCAGAGUGAAGGUGACAGGAUGAACAUCAAAGACUUCCAGAUCUACAUCAGAGACUCCCUGCAGCACAUCGACCUGAUGAAGAGCCGCCACCCUGACCUGCCUGUCUUCAUCGUGGGUCACUCCAUGGGUGGUGCGAUCUCCAUCCUGACGGCAUGUGAGAGGCCCUCUGACUUUGCUGGAGUUAUUCUGAUUGGUCCCAUGGUCCAGAUGAACCCUGAAUCAGCCACACCAUUCAAGGUUUUUCUGGCAAAGGUCCUUAACCACAUGGUGCCCAGCCUCACUAUGGGCUCCAUCGAUUCCAAAUGGGUCUCUCGGGACAAGAAGCAGGUGGAGGCAUAUAACGCUGACGAGCUGAACUUCCACGGAGGUGUACGGGUGUCGUUCGGCAUGCAGUUGAUUGGGGCAGCAGCGCGUAUUGAGAGGGAGAUCCCGUCCAUCAACUGGCCCUUCCUGCUUCUUCAUGGGGACGCUGACAAACUCUGUGACAUCAGAGGCUCUAGGAUGAUGCACGAGAAGGCUCCAAGCUCAGACAAGAAAUUAAAGGUCUAUGAGGGAGCCUACCACCAGCUACACCAUGACCUUCCAGAAGUGACGGAGUCAGUGCUGACGGAGGUGACCAGCUGGAUCACAGAGCGCCUUCCUGCCCCGACACAGCAACAGGCAUCAUAGAGCAACGGGACCAAGAGGCCUGAGCACAUUCCAGUAGUCUAUCAGGCAAAAAAUACUGCUACACUCUGUUUUUAGAAACACUUUGGGCCUAUGGACGAGUUAUUUUAUCUUCUGUUUUUAAGUUACUGACUUUAUCCUCUGAGUAUAUACUGUAGAAAAACAACCCUCUUUUGUACCUGUAAAUCAGCCCACGUUACACAGAUUUUAAUGGAUGAUGGGGUCCAAAACCUCUCUUUUUUGAUAGACAGCAGCAUUUAUUAUGAUCAGGGAUUUACCUUAUGUAUUCCAGGUGGUUUGGCCUCAACUAAAUGCAGCUCAGUUAAUGUAAAGCUUAAGCUGGAAAAUCCUAUAGUUCAAAGUGCAAUAAUAUAAUAUCUAUUUCCUUGUGAUACUCACAAGAAAUACUGUAAAAGAGCUAUGGUGAAAGAAAUUGAAUAUGUUAUUUAUAUGUGCAGCAGCAUUUCCUUCUUCCUUAUCCACCUUUAAUGGAAAGGUCUGGGGUGAGGUCAGGAUCAGCAGCAGGAGGCACGUCUGGGCCUGGUCAAGCUUCAGUGCAGGGUGAAUAUUUAAUCUCAUGGUUUAACCUGCUUUACUGUCUUCACAGAAUCACUGGAUAAGUAUAGGCAAUAUCACUGCGUACAGUUUUAUUUGUGCUUGCUAUGAAGAGGUUUCUAUUCAUGAGUCAUGCUUAAUUCCUUCAGAUAACAGCUCAGGAGAAAUUAGGUCUUGUCCUUGACUGAUGAAAAAAAAUAGCCAAAAUGCCACUUCUGACACAAGCAGCUCUCAGACAGCCACACAUCAUAACAUCUGGUAAUCUUUUAGCCAACAUAUUAAUUAUGUUUCAUGUAGAUUACUGUUCCUCUUUGAAUGAGCUUAUUUAGGAAUACAUGGAAAUGGAGCAGAUUUAACAGAUAAAGCUAUACUCUCAUUAUCUGCUGAGAUACCGGGAUUAGAGGGAGAGGCUAAUGUCAAAGGUUUUCACUGUGUUUGACCUUUGUUCUUCAGGUUCCCUGAUCACCAUUCCCUGACUCCAUUACUUUAUUAGACUCAUGCAGACAUGGGCCUGGGAGAAUCGGGAGGAACUCAGUGCUCCAUAACUGUGAACAAAGGAGUACUUCAGUACAUUUCUGUUCACAUCUUCUAUGAGGUAUGAGCUCACCUCUAAAAAAUGAGGCUACAUAUAGUAUAUUGCUAGCACUGGUGCCAACAGCAGGAAUCUAACUCCUUGGUUUUUUUUUGCUGAACUUUUAACAACCUGCUUCCCAACACAACAUUAAAAAGUGCAUCUAUACACCAUAAUAUGUGACUAUAGUCACAUAUAUAAUGGGGGUCAACAUUUUUUGUGCUAAAAUUGUGCAGGUUAAGGAAUAAAUGCAUGCCUUUAGCAUGUAAAAGACUGCAAAUUAAGCAUUUUAAGUCUCAGUAUAUGUAAUUGCAGAGGUGUAGUCCAGGGUAUACGCAGGUAUAUGCUUAUUUUUUAGUCUUCAUCAGGUAAACCCACUUCUCAAGAGUGUGUUGAUUUAGAGUUUACUCACUUCUGCAUGCACCACUUCACCACUGUGAAACUGGUGGAGUUGUUUAAGCAGGGCAGAUUGUUGGGGGCAGUUUGACCCAUGACCUCUGCAUUUUGUAAAGUUUUACUUAAGUUGUACAUUUUAAAGGCUGCUAAAACAUAAGCAGGCAGAAGUUAGCAUAUAGUUUAUCUGGUAAAAAAGACAUUAACUUUGAUAACAAUUAACUGAUACUGAUUAUUCUUCUCAAAGGAAGUUAGUUGAAUUUAAAACCCUCUUGAAUUUAAGACCCUCUUUAAAACCUCUCUUAAAGUCCAGCAUCUGCCCCUCAGCUUUCACUGUGUUUUCUCCUCAUUAUCACCAGUAUUUAUAAAACUGCUGUGUCUAAGUAUCAUACCAUACAUCAGUAUAAAAUCAUAAUUCUUGUAAUUAUAACAAUUUCAAGAUCGGACCAUGACAGCAGCCACAAUCUACACAUCUGCCAGUCCACCAACCACCAAAUAACAAUGAUUCGCUAAGUCAUUAACCUUACCAUAUAAACAUCUACUGUACUUUUACCAUAAUAAACCAACUAAAACAGCCCUGCUGCAUUUGAAAGAGUCUGCACUGUCUAAAUCCAGUAAAGGAUUUAAGCACACAUUAAAUCUAGAAUAAUCGAUGAAUCAUUUGAAAUGGUUAAAGCCUGUCAGAUUAAUUCCAGCAGAGCUCCAGAAGUGCAUAACUCUGUCGGUGGAGCAGCAUUUCACAAUAAAAGCUCUCUUGGAAUUUUGGCUCUUUAUUAAAUAAGUUCUCUAAUGUACAGGAGACCUUGUGCUCUUGCUUUGAAAAUGGCAUUAGUGGAAACUGAGUUUCACUGAAGCAAAAGGUUUUAAUGAUUAUUUUCAAAUUAACACCCACGUUAACAAAAUGAUUUUAAAAACUUAAGGCAAUGGCAAGUGAUUAACAGAUGAACCAACGUGUGCCCAGCUCUGCCAAAAGGAAUAGUUAAGCAUAAGACCUCAAAGCUACGGCGUCCCUGAAGGGACAUGGACAGAAAAAAACAUUCUUGUGUGCACCAGAGUUUCUGGUGUACUUUAAGGCAGUUACAUUUCCUCAAAAAUCAGGAUAAUCUCAUGUUAUCAGUUUGUUUUGGGGAAAAAAAUUAAGAAACUGUGCCAUUUUCCCAGUUUCUCAUUAUUGGAAAAAAAAAAAACAAAGAAAGAAAGAAACAGCAGAAACAUGCAAUUUUCCUGUUUUGUUUUGUUUUGUUUUGUUUUGUUUUGUUUUGUUUUGUUUUGUUUUGUUUUGUUUUGUUUUGUUUUGUUUUUUGUUUUUUGUUUUUUGUUUUUCAGGAAAACAUGUGACCCAACGGGAAUGGUAAGCAUCUCAAAAUAAAAGCUACCACGUCAAAAUAAAAGUCAACAUUGCCAUCCACUAUGUUUAGCCGUAAAAUGAUAGGCCUAUUUGCUCCAUACAAUGUAUUAUAAAAACAUGUGAAUUGCAAACGUAGGGGUGAAUUAAUGGCCAUUUCAACAAGGAAAUUUAACUGCCUGAAAGUACACUGACCCUGGUGUCCACCCGCAACUCACUUUUUAGUGUUUUUUUGGUGUCAAGCCUCUUCAGUCUCAAACUAACUAAACUCUUUUUUCUCUACACAAACUGUCAGGAGCGAUUAUCAAAUAGACUUUCAAAGAAACUGUAGCAAUAAUGUCACUGUGGCGUAUAUUUUUGAUAGCUGUUAAUUAUACACUAGAAGGAUGCACACUGAGCUAAAUGCUGUAAAUUGUCAGUGACACUAUAAUUAAGACCAUGUUUAGCUUUUCUCACCUUUCUAUCAAACAUGCAUACAUCAAACAUUGGUUGAAAGUUUAAUUAGCACAAGUCGAGAUCUGCAGCAUCGUAAUUGCUCAUCCACCCCCAUAUAAAAAAUACAGAAAGGGAUCAAACACGCUGAUGUCUGUGGGGGUUCAGACUAACAAUAAGCAUCAUUGUUUGUUGACUUCAGACAGCUCACAUGUCAAGAGAAAACAUCCAGUCUGAAUGUAGGUCUUGGAUGGAGACUUGACUGUGUCGUCCUGCUUUUUAAGUUUUUCUUUUCUUUAUCAUCUGCAAGUUCAAAGGGACCCAUGCAGAGAGACGAGGGAAGACAUGGAGCCGUAUCCACGGUGACCGCUACUCACGUGUAACCACGGCAGCAGGCCGGCAGCUAGGUAGAAUUUUUCCAUUUUACAUGUGUAGUCGCCAGGGUGAUCACAGCAAGAUUGACAGAAUGAGAUGGAUUUCUGGCUUGCUGCCUGAUCUGAAUUUUUAUCUCCUCACUCUUGUCGUCUCUCCCUAUCUCACCCUGUGUCACCCCAUUUCACCCACGUUUUUUUUUUUUUUAAGUUGCUGUGGUGACCGUCACUCUUUGUUCCUGCCAAUCACAGAACCCCUUGUUCUGCUGCACAGUCAAACAUUAUGUAGGGCCAGCUGUAUACUCUAUAUAAGAGGUCAGUUUGCAAGACAAAAUCAAGUUACAUUAUAUUUUUAAAGAUGUCUUUUGUUUCUUUGGCCAGAUAACUGCCACUUAUUUAAUCCAUGAAUCUGCCACAGAGCCUGAUACCUGAUUUCAACCAUUAAAUGGAUUCAGGAAAGCAGAGGGUUUGUUUUUUGUGUUUGAUCUAAAUCUGCACACACUGCGGACACAGAUUUAGCACUUAUGUGUUCAGGAACUAUAAGAUUAUUGUCACAGAUGUCUGUUUAUGGUCUUAUCUUUGGCAUUGAGUGAAAUCCUUGAAUUGAAAAAGGAGAAAGAGGCAGUUUAAAAGAAAAGUAAGCUCAGAGCUCUUCUAUAUUAAGUCCAAUAAGGACAUGUUUCCAAUUCAAGCACAUCAUAGAAAAGAAAUACAACCCCAACUUCCAAAAAAAGUUGGGGCACUGUGGUAAAUAUAAAUGAAAACAGAAUGCAAUGAUUUAUAAAUCUCAUAAUCCCAUGAUUGAUUCACAGUAACACAUUAAGAAUAUACAAAUGUUGAAACAUUAGCUCAUUUUGAAUUUGAUGGCAGGAACACUUCCCAAAAAAGUAGGGACAUGGCCAUGUUCACUACUGUGUAACAUCCCCUCCUCCUUUAACAACAGUCUGUAAAUGUCUGGGAAGGGAGGAGACCAUUUGCUGGAGUUUUGGGAGAGGAAUGUUUUCCCAUUCUUGUCUGAUGUAGGAUCCUAGCUGCUCAAUAGUGCUGGGUCUUCCUUACCAGACUGUUCUGACUGCACUUACCUGACUGCAUUUUAUGAUGCUCCAGAUCUUUUCUAUUUGUGAAAGGUCUGGACUGCAGGCAGGCCAGUUCAGCAGGCCUUCCUUGAAAGAGGUGUCUCGAUCAGAGCAUAUGUUGCUCUGAAACCUUCACAUACUUUUCAACAUUGAUAGUGCCUUUCCAGAUGCGUAGGCUGCCCCAGCCAUAGGCACUAAUGCACCCCCAUACCAUCAGAGAUGCAGGAUUUUGAACUGUGCACUGAUAACAAGUUGGAUGGUCCCUCUUCUCUAUACUCCACAGGACACUGCGUCCAUCGUUUCUGAGGAGAAUUUCAUAUUUUAUUCAUCAGACCACAGAACAGUUUUCCAUUUUGCCUUAGAACAUUUUAAAUGAGCUUUGGCCCAGAGAAAAUUACAGCUUUUCUAGAUCGUGUACACAUAUGGCUUCUUCUUUGCAUUUGUGGAUGACAUGUCCAACUGUGCUGAUUCCUGGAUGUGUUCCUGAGCCCAUGCAGUAAUUUCCGGUACAAAAUCAUGCCUGUUUCGAAUGCAGUGGUGCCUGAGGGCCCAAAGAUCACAUGUAUCCAGUGUCGACCUUUGGCCUUGUCCCUAGCAAACAGAGAUUUCUGAUGAUAUGAUGUGGUGUAGAUGGUGGGAUAUUCAAUGCCUUCGCAAUUAUACUCUGAAGAACUUUUUUUUUCUGAAAUGUUUCUUAAUUUUUAGACACAGUUUUUUCACAGAUUGGUGAACCUCUGUCCAUUUUGUGAGAAACUAAAAAAAUGCUCCUUUUGUAUCUAGGCAUGUUACUGACCUGUUGCAGAUCAACCAUAUUAGCUGCAAAAUGCACCCCCAGCUGUUUUUACAUUAGUACCACUUACUUUUUUAGAUGUAUUGCUGCCACAAAAUUCUAAAUGAGCUGAUGUUUUUCAUGCAAUAGUAAAAUGUCUACGUUUAAACAUCUGAUAUGUUGUUUAUGUUCUGUCGUGAACAUAAUAUGGGUUUAUGAGAUUUGCUAGUGAUUGCAUUCCAUUUCUAUUAACAUUUUACACAGCGCCCAAGCUUUUUUGGAAUUGGGGUUGUAUAUCAGGGCUGCACAGUGAUGCAGUUUGUAGUGCUUACACUUCACAGAGAAAGGGUUCUGGGUUUGAAUCCCCUUCAGAGACAGGGCCUUUCUGUGUGGAGCUUGCAUGCUUUCUCGAUGCAUGCGUGGGUUCUCUCUGGGUACUCCAGCUUCCUCCCACAGCCAUGUUUGUUACGUUAAUUGGUGACUCAAAAUUGUGAGUAGGAGUGAGUGCUGCUUGUUUGUCUCUUCAUGUCAGCCCGGUGAUUGACUGACGACCAGUUCAGGGUGCUGUGUAACGACAGGUGGGAUUGAAUCCAGACCCUGGAUGAAAGAGCAGGAAAAUACAAAUGGAUGAAUAAAAGUUUUUGAGGGUAAAGUUUUUAAGGAUAUUAAGAUAAGGUGCAUCCUUUUCUCUGUUUUCUCAGACAUCAGGAGAAAUUUUGUAGGCCAUAUAUCAGGUCACGUUGCAGUGGACACGGAUCUUGAUCAAGAAAUGAGGCGUUUGUCAGCUUCUGUGGGAGUCAAACCCUUAACUUCCACCAGAGCUGCAGAGAUUUAUACCCUAAGCACUUCAGAUACAAUCACCUCCUGUUUGGGCUGUGGCACACACAAAGGCUUAACAUUCCCGCUUGUUAAAUCUGUUACAGCACCCCUGCUGCACAAUGAAAUCAGCCACACAGGAUUCUAUGUAGCAGUGACUCUCAGAAGCUAUACCUGUCAGACCACAGGAGUGCAUAUCACUGCAGUCAUUAACUCUCAGGGUGAGACACAGAUGGGGAGAAGAGAGCAAAAUAGACAGGAGAGAAGCUGUCAGUAACCAUGGCAGCCAAUUUCUUUAUUUUUUUCCCUCCAGUAAUGUCAGUCAGUGAAAAUGUGUAUUUAUUUAAUGGUUCAGCAUGUGCAGCACACGUUGCUGCACUUUCAGAGCUGGUCGUCCAUUUUGCCGCUGCCUUUUGUGUGAGCGUGGCGAUAAGAGAGCAAACAAUUAGCCUCAUCAGUUCACAGUGAAUAACAAGAGCUGCACACACUCACUGCAUUCAAAUUAGGCUGCUUUGAUUACUAAAAACACACUAUAUUAAUCCAAGCAUAGCAAGGAAUAGUUUCUUGGAGGCCAAAACUGUCUUUUUUAGCUUGGUAAUCUGUAUUUAUGACCCCAUCUAUCCCUCGUCUUAGUUCAAAACAGCAGUUAAAUUCAUUCCUUGCUUCAUUCCUACUCACCUUUCUUAAAGGUGUGCAACCCAUGGAGCUCAUAUCUUGUAAAGCCUUGUAAAGUAAACCUCCCUUGUCCAUGCCAUUACCAUUUUCUACUGGUGAUUUCUACUGGCAUGUUUAUUUAUACAAGCAUGAAAUAAAUGCAGGGUUGCCAUAAUGAGAGAGAGCCAUGUCCAGAUGAAUUGCUCUGUUAAUAUGUAAUAAUAUACUCGACUGUUAAUAUCUUUUUGUCUUACCAAGGACAGCAGGUCAAUGUUAAGCUAAUAUUAUAUAUUGGACAAAAAAUACUGAAGGCAGGAAAGAGCUUUAUCUUCUUGGGCUGCAGCUUUUUAAUAAGGAAAGAUUUCUCCGGCCUGCAGGUUUGUCGGUGAUGUUCAGUUGUUGUUUUUUUCUAACUCGACUUUAUGACUGUUUCCAAGAAAAGAGCUGUUAUAUAUGAUAAAGGACUAAGCAUCCCAGGCAAGUCUUUAUGUAAUUAUGUGAGAUUACUGCACUGGGGAGACUCAGCACACAGUUUGCCUGAGUAAACUCAAGUGUCCGUGCACAGCAGGAUUUGAAAAAGGUCUCCAAAAUGCAGCUAAGUAAACUGUACGUUCCUCUUCAUGUCUAUAAAAUAUAGAGGAUUCAAGUAGUUACACAACUCCAGGUGUUAUUUUCAAAUGGUUUGCAAUGCAUUUAGGAGCAAAGUUAUUCAAAUCUUGCUGUUCUUAUCAACAAGGAUGAUUGAUUAGCUAAAUUUGUAUUUGCCAUAGUGAUUGGUGGUUAAAGAUAAUUGUAAUACACUGUACUAUAGCACAACAUUGCUAACAAAUCUUGAUGGAAAUAUGAAAAUCACUACUGCAAUGUAUUUUAAAGAUGCUUUAUUUAUCAUGUUUAGAGAUUUAUAGGAAAUAAUUUUAUGUAUAGGCUACUAUAUUGAUUACACAUUGUGAGAAGGCACUUUUAUACCAUAGAUAUGUCAUAUUAUAUCAUUUCAAUGUUCAGCAACAUAAAGCUCCAUGAUGCUUUUUGAGAAGGUGGCAUGUUUUACAGUCAGCAGACUCCACAAUGUAUGACACUGUUUCUGAUCUGGUUCUGCAUAAGGCAUACUACUGUUAAAGUCCACAUUGUGUUUAAAGGUGUUGUUGGAUUUUGUCACACAAUGAUGAAUGUUAAAAGCAUGAAAUUAUAUGUUUUGUUUAGUAAUAUGAUUUUAACAACCACAAUGUUACUGCUAUGGGUUUGGGGAAAACAUGUUUCUUAAGGGAUGCUGAUCACCCAGUGGCUAAUUUGCUUGCCUAUGUCCAGAGGCUUUAUGAGGCUUUUCCACGAUGACUUUUGGCCAUGCUGAUCCAAACCAAAUGGUUCCAAACUGUGCUGAGUCAAACCAAGCUUAAUAUAAUGGAAAAGCCCCAAUGGUCCUUGACAUACGCAGCCUGGGUUUAAAUCCAAUAUACAGCUCCUUUCCUUCAUGUCAUUUCUCAGUCUCCCUCGAUAUCAGGCCUGUUUCUCCAGUAAAGGUAUAAAAAGCCAGACAUAAAUCUACAAAGUGUACAAUGAGAGCCUUCACAUGGCCAUCCCCAUUCAUAAAACCUUCAAUACUUCUUAAACACAUUGAAGAUAGCAGCUUUCCUCAGAUAAGCAAAUUUCUGAGACAAUACAAGCUUUGAUAAAGCAGAUUUUAUUGAAAUAUGUAUUGCGUGUUUAUUUUUAGAUUAUGGUCUAGUGCUGUUUGUGCCUUAUAACUCUGAUGAAUGUGUUCCUCAACAUGUCGGUGGUAACAAGUGUGUUUUAAUAUAGACAAACUGUGCAGAACUGCAUUAAGCAGAUCUGUUUGUCUGUUUUCUUUCAGUCUGUCGUCACAUUUUUUUCUGGUUCAGUAAAUGCGUCUGCUUGUCUCCCUCUUGUCUGUUUCUGUCUCUCUGUUUGUAUUUCUGUCCAGUCUUGGGUGAAAAACUCUCUCUAAAUUAAGGAAAUACAACCCUAUAACAUCACCAUUCCUGUAAACAGCUGUCGUGUUUUACACAACAUAUAAAUGCACACAGAGUCAAGCCUUGUUAGCUUAAUGACUGUUUAGAUCUCAUCUGGUCUGACUAGAACACAGAACAUGCUGUAUGUAAUAGGAACCAGAUUUUUUUUUUUUCUGAGACUAUCAAAUGUGUUGUAUGGGAUGAUUAAAUGAAAAAUUGCAAAUGUUGGGAUACUUGUAAGCUUUUAUAAAAACACCACACAGGCUUUGAAUAAAGUUACAGAAAUAGAUUAAAUCAGUCAGCUUAUAGAUCCAAAUGGCUGUAACUUCUUUUUUCUUUUUUUUUUCCACAGUUCAUACUAUGAAGUAAAAGUCACUAAGACAAUAACUCUAUUAACACUGAAAUAUGCACACUUGGUUUCUUUAUCUUUGAUUGAACAAAAGGUUAAACUAAAUGUUGCUCAUUGAUGGUAUCAUGUAAUUGCUCUAAACCUUUGUUGAGUUGGGUUUCAUGAAUUCAUAUCAGUUCAAUAUUCAGACACUAAGAAUGUACAUGCAAGAAUGUAAGAGUGUGAUGGAGAAUAAAAGUUGCAUUUUUUUCACUAAAUUGUGAGGAAACACCAUACCAAUAAGUCAAAUAGCAUGAUCGUGAUUUAACAGUGAAAAUGAAGUCUCUUUUGACCUCCAUAUUGUCUUCAUAAAGUUCUGUAAGUCCGCCACACUCUUAAGUCUUCCUUGUAAAGAUAUGUGCUGUUUCUUUUGACACUUUCUCAACACUUGACUUGAAAUGCCAAGUGCUGAUGCUCAGUUAUCAAGUCACAACCCACACACUUUUUCUGUGAUGUAUUGUAGCCAUUACCUGUGUUUAGCAGCGGCACUGGAACAGUGGUUUUCAAAUGGACCCACCACCUCCUGAAUGAGCAAUCAUGGCCCAAAUUUCUGAAAAUUUUCACAAACAAUUUAUUCAAUAAGGAAUAUUGAAUUUUUUACUUUGUCUGGAAAAAAUGUAAUGGAACAAAGAGACAAAACAAGUUUGUAAUCAGAAACUCUUGACUGACAUGCAUGUAUACAUUGUAUUUGAUCCUGUUUUCCAUGAUAAGAUGAGGUUGUUUUCUACAGAUUUUGAAUAAAACAGGUUCAGAUAUCAACUAAAAUGUAGUGUAUCGUGUAAAAACAGAGUAAAAUAAAAGGUACUAAUGUAUGUCCACUUGGGCCUUUUGUACGUGGAGUAGUUUUUGCCACAGCCUCACAAUUUUAAAGCACACCUUUGUGACCCACUGAAACAGCCUUUAGAUCCACUUUUGGGACUGGACCCGCCAGUUGAGAACCACUGUACCAGACGGUUUAAUUUAAGUGUGAUGAAAUAUUGUAUAUAAGAUGUAUAAAAAUAUUAUAAUGGAUUCACUUCUGAAUCACUGACAGUAACACAGCUUGUUACAAGAAUGUUCAUAAUGUCCAUACUCUCUUACAGAAUAAACUAUAUGACUGUUGAACUGUA